AUGGCGCUCCUAUCCCGCCUCCCCCGCGCCGCGGUCGCCGCGCGCGGCCUCACUCUCCAUUCGAUUGCCGCCUUUCGCGGCCGCUUUCCCGGCCCUGAUUCGACGCUGCUGUCCGUGGCAUCCCGGAUCUCCGCUCUGCCCUUCGAGGCCAAUUUUGCACAAGGGUUCCCAGCUCUGUGUUUCGAAGCCAACCUUGCAAAAUGGAUUUCAUCGAAUGUCUCCGAAACGAUCACUCCUGGUGGGAGUGAUGCGAGUCCUGCGGCCGGCCAAUCUUCGCAGGCCGUUCGGGGCAAGGCCAGGCCGCCCUGGUCCCGCUACACGCGCUUCGGCGAGAGAUUGAAGACCAACAUCGAUGCACUGGACAUUCGGGUGGGGGAGAUCACGGGGGCGGAUGCCCAUCCGAGGUCUGAGGAGCUGGUGGUCCAGGAAGUGGGGGUUGGGGAAGGGGAGACAAGGACGGUGGUGAGCCGAUUCGGGAGGAUUUUUGGGAAGGAGGAUCUGGUGGGCAGGCGGGUGGUGGUGUUGUGCAACACGAAAAUGCGCAAGAUGCUGGGGGUGAUGAGCAACGGCCUGAUCUUGUGCGCCCGUGACGCUGCCCUGGAUAUAGUUCAGCUACUGGAGCCACCGCAGCGUGCCGUGGUUGGGGAGCGAGUGCAAUUUGGCAGUCGAGUCAUCAAGCAGGGCAGACCUGUAACACCGACCACAGCCUCCAGGUGGAAGCUGUGGAGCGAGAUGCAGCCCCUCCUCAAAACGGGGCCUGAUGGUGCGGUUGCAUACAACGGCCAGAUCAUGUACACAAAAGCAGGGCCGGUCAAAGCCCCCAAGGUGAUCAAGGGUUCGGUCACCGCUCUUGUUUGGAGAGAAUUGAAACCUGAGGAGGCUGAGGCCCAUGCCCAGAGACUGCAGCAAUCGGCAAGGGCAGCAAGCAACGAGCCCGCACCAGCAGUUUUGUGA